AUUCCAACAAAGAAAAGACAACAUGAUGUCCAUCUAGAAUGUGCCUGAUGGUGGUGGUCCUUUGUCUCCAAGGACCACUAAAACCAUGACAUUGUUGGAGGACCUUUUUGGGGAUUGUUUUAGCGUACCAAGCAAAAUGUUUUGCCGGAGUCACAUCAAGGAGUGGAACAACAACUUAAGAAGAGCUGAGAUGCCAAGUCUCGGUGUAUACAUGGAAAAGACGUGCCUGGUUCAUGUGGAAAUGAUCAAAGUAAGAGCCAUUUUGGACCUUCCCAUGUCCUGCGGGUCUUCAACCUCAAUGCAAAGGGAUUUUGCAUGCAGUUUGAGAAAGUUGUAUUUGAAAGGUAACAUUCCUUUGAGACACAAAGGUGGCAUUGUCGUUUGCUUGGUAAGAGGCGAGGGACUCAUCGCUAAAAGAAUGUCCAAAAUGUUGUCAGACGGGGGUGACAACGACUUGCGAUUUCAAGACGAUAACAGAAACGUUUGCCAAAAAGUUUUUAGAAUUUUCUGAACAUUGUUACUCAUGCCCUCGGUGGGUAACAGUUCAGUCAUGGAAGAGUUUUGUGAGAAAGGCUUUCUCAUUUCAAUGGUGCGAGAAUUAUCUCGGGUUUUGAGUAGAAGAACACAUGGGCAAGAGACAAUAUGGAAUAAAAUACCAAGUGAAUGGAAUGAAGUAGAGGCUGGAAAGUGGAAGAAUCCCACUGCUGCACCGAAGGAUUCAAAGGAAACGCUAAGGAAGAAAUUAGAUUUUCUGCGGAAAAACAUCAACUCUGAAAAACUUUCAGAUGAUCAAAAAGACAAACUGUCACUUUACUCAAAGGGAGAAAUAAAUAUUCUAUUGCAGCGUAUGAAGUUUGAAAAAGACUUAAAGAAUAUUUCUGAAGUCGACACUCAUCUGUCCCAUUGUGAAGGGGAAGUAAUAGGUUCAGAGAAUUUACAGAUGUUAGAAAAAUUGAAAGAUCAGUGUGAAAAUAUUCACAAGAAAAUUGAGAGCAUUAAAAAACAUCAGACUUUAAUGUCCCCAAAAACGGAUCUUGGUUUAUCAAUGCGCAAAGUGAAUAAAAGAAAGAGUGCUGAAAUUUCGAAUCCAGUGUGUCAAUCAUCAAAAAAAAAGUAUCCCAAAGUUUUACUGAAACCAAUUCUUCCUAAAUCGAACAUGACAUGUUCGGAUAAUGUUGUUUCUGAAGUACCCCCAAUGCCGGUCACUAUUUAUACUGUACUUUGCCAUCCUCUUGAGCACAUAGAUUUGCGGGCUGCCUCUACAGUAUCACCAAGUGAAUCCACUGUCAACCUUUGUGACAAACUUCACUCUGACAUCCAGUCCAAUACAAAGAACUCCACUUCUUUCAGUUUUGAUUACCUGAAUGAAAACAUUCAUGACACUUCUCCUGGUUACAAGAGCAGUUCUGUGGGAAAUUCUUCACAUAUUCAGGAUCAUGAUCACAAUCUCUGUCACAAGGACAUUACUUCAACAUGGGAGAAGAACAAGAAAAAGGAUCAUAUUGAAACUAGACCAUCUACCCCUGAUGCUACUGAUGAUGGAAACUUUGACUGUAACACUUUAGAAGCUCAAACUUCUGUGUCUUCAUUUCAUUCUUGUGAAAGUUUUGACAGUGGAGUCGAUACUGACAAUGGGGAACUGAUUGGCUUUGGCCAGGAUGUUGAUGUUGAAGAUUGGUUUGAAAGCUUUGAUUUAGAAAAUAUCAUGAAAAAUCCUGAGGAGUGUUUUGAAAAUUUUGAUAAUUUUCCAGGUUGAAAUUCUUGCUUGUGUGUUUUUUUAUGACUGGUGAAUGUGUGUGUGUGUGUAAAUGUUUAAUUUUUACCUAUUAUAUUUUUUCCUCCCAUUUCAUAUUGGUACAAUACUCAUGCUACAUGUACCAUCGUAGCGUUCAUUAAAAUUUUUACAAAGGUAUUAAGGGGAUCCACUGGUCAGAUCAGUAAAAAUUUUGAAAAAAAUA